CGCCACCACGUGCUCCUACGCAGGGAGCCGCCCACAGCUGGGCUGAUGCCCGGGCUGAGCUCUGGCUCUGCGGCGUCACUCGCAGCUGGGCGGCGGUAAGCAUGGCCACGGCGGCGGCGGCGGUGACUCGUGGGGUCGGGGCGAAGGCGGCGGCGGCUCUGCGGGGCGGUUGCAGGACUGCGCCCCGGGGACGGCCGCGCGCUGGCCCCGUGCGACACUUGUGCACAGCACCUGGGACUGCCCCGGACAUGAAACAUUACCUGUGGGAGCGCUACCGGGAGGCGAAGAGGAGCACGGACGAGCUGGUUCCUUCUAUUAUGAACAACUUGUUGAAUCCAGAUGCCAUUUUCUCAAACAAUGAGAUGAGCCUGUCGGACAUAGAGAUCUAUGGCUUCGAUUAUGACUACACCUUGGUGUUUUAUUCAAAGCACCUCCACACCCUGAUAUUUAAUGCUGCGCGGGACCUUCUCAUCAACGAGCACCGGUAUCCCGUGGAAAUCAGGAAGUACGAGUACAAUCCAAAUUUUGCAAUUCGUGGACUUCAUUAUGAUGUGCAGCGGGCAGUAUUGAUGAAGAUUGAUGCUUUUCAUUACAUCCAGCUGGGAACUGUCUACAGAGGCCUCAGCGUUGUCCCUGAUGAAGAAGUCAUCGAAAUGUACGAGGGAUCCCACGUGCCUUUGGAACAGAUGAGCGACUUUUAUGGAAAGAGCUCCCACGGCAACACCAUGAAACAGUUCAUGGACAUCUUCUCCCUGCCGGAGAUGACCCUCCUGUCCUGCGUGAACGAGUACUUCCUGAAGAACAACAUCGACUACGAGCCUGUCCACCUGUACAAAGACGUCAAGGAUUCAAUUCGAGACGUGCACAUCAAAGGGAUCAUGUACAGAGCCAUCGAAGCGGAUAUCGAAAAGUACAUCUGCUAUGCUGAGCAGACCAGGGCAGUGUUGGCCAAGCUGGCUGAUCACGGCAAGAAGAUGUUUCUCAUCACCAACAGCCCCAGUAGCUUUGUGGACAAAGGGAUGAGCUACAUCGUUGGAAAAGACUGGCGGGACCUGUUUGAUGUGGUCAUCGUUCAGGCCGAGAAGCCAAACUUCUUCAAUGAUAAGCGGAGACCUUUCCGAAAGGUGAAUGAGAAAGGUGUCUUACUCUGGGAUAAAAUCCACAAGUUGCAGAAAGGCCAGAUUUACAAACAGGGCAAUUUAUAUGAAUUUUUGAAGCUUACAGGGUGGAGAGGUUCCAAAGUAUUGUAUUUUGGUGACCACAUCUACAGCGACCUGGCGGAUUUGACCCUGAAGCAUGGCUGGCGAACUGGUGCAAUUAUCCCGGAGUUAAGAUCUGAGCUCAAAAUCAUGAACACGGAGCAGUAUAUUCAGACCAUGACCUGGCUGCAGACCCUGACCGGGUUGUUGGAGCAAAUGCAGGUUCACAGAGAUGCGGAGUCACAGCUGGUUUUGCGGGAGUGGAAAAAGGAGAGGAAGGAGAUGAGAGAAAUGACCAAAGGUUUCUUCAACGUCCAGUUUGGAAGCUUGUUCCGCACAGACCAGAACCCGACCUACUUCCUGAGACGCCUGUCACGGUUUGCUGACAUCUACAUGGCAUCUCUGAGCUGCCUCCUGAACUAUGAUGUCAGCCACACGUUCUACCCCAGGAGGACUCCACUGCAGCACGAGCUUCCCGCUUGGUCUGACGGGACCCCCACCUUCAGACUCCCCCUCCUGCAGGAGGCCCAGGCCAAGUAACCCAGUGCCCACCUGUGGAAAAAGCCAGGAACAGCCACGGCUCCGGAUUGGGUGGACAUGCCGCGGUUGACUUUGUGUGGAUACGAGUGUUGCUUUCAGAAAAGAGACAAAUAUGCCCAUUGAUAUUUAUUUUGUACCUUACGGAGAAUACUCCCCAGGUUGUUAAGACAGAAGCUAGCAGCCCACCAGCCCCGCCUUCCCGCACAUGUCGGGCUUAGCGGCACACUUCACGUGGGGACUCUGUAAUCCGCCGCCCUGUUGCCCGAGGUACUGCAGCUAAUGUCAGUUUUUCACGGACUGGUGAGACUUCUUGAUGCCCUCUCCGUAUUCCAGCAGGUGAAGCUUUGAAACCAUUCUUGACUCCCCGCUGGAAAAUGUACUGAACAUUGACAGGCAGUGCACUGGGGACGGAGGGGCACAGUGACAUGCAGCCAUAAACUGCUUACAGAAAGCUGAUGGUUUAGUGAGCUCUCCAGGAGCACAAUUGGAUGACCGUGAGGAGCACACAUGACCCCCAAACCGCAGCUGAUGCCCGUCACUCGGUACUGGGGCUUUGGCCGUCUGGCACAUCACUUGAAGGAAAACAGCCUCCUUGGAAAGUCUUAAGCGAGAAAGAACAAGAGAAGGUGCAAGUCCUUGGCCUUGAUUGUCCGCAGUGUCCACUUGUUGUGUCCUAGCCCCUGCUGCGGAAGGACAGAUGGUGCCACAAGUGAUGGGCAGGUUCACUCUCUUCCCCCGAGGAGGAGGGCGAGGAGAGAAGGGCGCUGGUUCAGUUUUCAGCUGGCAGAACAGACUUUGUGAAUAAGACUGUGAGCCACAAGCAGGUCAGAAGAGCCAGCGCAUUGUGGUGGGUCCCCAGCCGUUGAUGCACCUGAAAAUGCCACCCAGGCAUUGGUUUCAUGUGCUCAUUGGAGGACAGAAAAUGAAAAAGAAAAAAAAAAAAGUCCUUGCAAUGAAAUACCAUGCCAUGCCCCUCACUGGGCUGUGUUGGUAUCUUGUUCAAAUAUAGUCGUUACCGGAAACAGUCCGUUUCUGGGGAGCGCCAGACAUGCGUCUGCCUCGCUCAUGGAGUAUCAGCCGAGGAGUGGGCUUGCAUUCAGCCUGGGAGCGUAGCCUCCCCUCACUCCCACUUCUCCUUAGAUUUCUUUCUGGCCAUGUUUGUGUGGCUAUUUUGGGAGUCGGGGGGAGGUUGGGGGGUGUUUCUUUAGGUGUCUGUUGCAGGUGGGAGAGGAUAAAAAGGUCAUUGAAACGAAGAGAAAGAGAGUUAGAAAUUACUUAGCUAACUGAGUAUUUCUCAUUUCUUUCUAAGGAUAAUUCAAGUGACAUACCUUCUUAAACCUCAUGGAUGGCAGUCACAGAAAUGGGGCUUGUGGAGGGUGCUUGCGAAUUCAGCAUUUUUAUUGUAAUAAAUGUAUCGGAGCCAGCUACUGACAAAUGCUAGCUAGGCAUGCCAUCUGCUGCCUGCCAGAGUGCAGAAUUUAAAUGGGGUAUAUAGCAUGCUCUGUAAUGCCACUUGCUGUAGUGGGAUUUUUAUUUGUGGUGUUUUUCUUGUAUUUAACUAUCGUAGUGAAGGUGACCCUUUAGACCCAAUAGACCCAGGUAGACCCCUUUUUAACUUCUUAAUUUUAUUAUAGACAAAUUAUGUAAAAAGUCCAUUCCUUUUUGGGAAUGGGGUGGCCUUUUGUUUACUGUUUAUUAGUGCCCAGGUGUUUUAAGUAUCAGAGUUUACUGGAGACUGGUAUUUAAGGGGUACAGGUGGAUGCCCAGAACUGCUCAGUGUUGGGGUCCUCAAAGGACACACUGGUGCUUUUGGCUUAUUAUUCCUGCUUUGGAGAAGCUGAGUGAGGAAGUAGGUAUUAUUAUUAUUAUUUUUUAAUUUCUUUGUUUUUAAUCACAUAUUCAUUGGAUUGCUCCAAGGUGCCAGUUUCAGGGUGUUUUGUUUACUCAAGAAUGAAGUAAAACAAUUUUUGAAACCUGCUUUCAUGGAUGUCUAGGCUAGGUGACCCAAGCCUUGGAGGAGAAAUAUAUUUCUGGAUGUGAAUAAUGAAUUUUAUAAUUUCCUACCGGGUAAGGUUUUAGUCUGGGGUCUGGGCCACUGAAUAUGGCAGUACCGAGAUGCGCCCCGUGGUGGCGGUACUGAGAUGCUGCCCGUGGCGGCGGUACUGAGAUGCACCCCGUGGUCGCAGCCUGGCAUCUGUCUCGUCGGCACCCACAGAGAGUGUGCCUGGCGACUGCAGACCUGUGCCCGAGCCAGCAAUACGGGUCAGGACAGCCAUCUGCACAUGAAGGACAGAGGUCUUCUCAAACUUGCGCUCAGUGAAGAUAGAUUUUAACUUGUCAUUGUCACGAUUCGGCUGGGAUUUGGAACACUCCACUGGGCUUUUUGUCCUGUCCCUUUUGUCCUCUGGUGUGCCCAUGAAUGAAAGCAUGUUGGUGCAGAGGAAGUGGGUCUAUUUUCCACUCUUUAAAAGAGAAAUUUGGAAAGUGAGCAGCAUAAAUUUAGUUUGUAUAUUUAAAAAUACUCUAUUUUUAGCAUUGGUUAGGCUGAUUUUCUAAGAAUCAUGUGAACAAAAAUUCAUAGUCCAGAUGCAGUCUGUGCCAGCUGAACACGAGGUGCCCAGUACCUGCCUUGGAAGGGACUUGCACAAUUGAUUCUUCCCGAGUUGCUUUUAUUGAUGAAACCUGGCUUUUAAGAUAUUUUGCAAGUUUGGCUUAGAGCUUCCACUCUUUAGUUGCAUUUUUCGCUAUCGCAAUUAAUGCCACAUAACAUAAACCACCGGUUAGUGUUUCAGGCACAUCUCAGACCCAGUGACUAGUUGCUUUGAGUGCUUUGGCCCUCUCAAUUAUGGCAAAGGAGAAACGAAAAGCAAUCUUUCCUGCUGGCUAAGUUAGCUGUGGGGGAACCAAAUGGCUUUUCCUCUCUUCCUCGCAGAGGCCUGUGAAGCAGUUGAGUGUGCUCAGUACUGGACUGAACCCCCCUCUGCCGAAUUCUCUUGUGUCAAAGGCCCACUUGCGGGCCCUCUUGUAGAAGGCUCUCAAACUGUGGCCAGAGGCAGGGCUCCUUGAAUGCCCUGUUCACCUAGGGACCCUGUGAUGUGCCCUCUUAUUUUAAAUUUCUUAUUGUAUCAGUUUCCUCCACUCUCCCCUCCCUCUCUUUCUGUCUCUUACUUGCCUUAGCAUUUGGAUGCUUGGCUCUGAGUUCAGCUAACCUCUACACCUUCGUGGGUUAAGGAAAGGAAAGGGAGUGAGGUUUCUGUAAUGCAGGGGUCAGCGAACUUUUCCUGGAAGGGGCCAGACAGUACAUAUUUUCAGCUUUAUAGGCCAUUUUCUGUUGCCACUACUCUAGGAAUGGCACAGUUCUGUUCCUUUAGAACCUGAUUUACAAAAACAGGCCGCAGGCUGGAUUUUGCCCUCGGGCCAUGGUUUGCAACCCCUGCUCUAACGGGUUGUGUUGGUGGCAAUGGCGAGGUUACUUUGCUGAAAGUGUGCAGAUAGACAACCUCAUGGUGGGGAGCAGGCGGUAGAAAGAAGCUCUAUAGAGAGGUGCGCCGUAUUCCCCUAGGAGCUGCUCUCUCGGCAUAUUUAUAGUACUUACAUGGACAGUGGUCAAAUACUGUGUUUCCAGCACAUGGCAUAAUUGCUAUGUGUCAUUGAGCUGCUAGGCCUGUGCACUAGUUGAAUAUACCUCUUUAUCGCACCCGUUUGUCACUGUGCUUGUCGUGGGUGAUGGGUUUGGCUGCCCAGCUCACCAGCCCUUCAGAAAACCGAAGGACUUAUUCCCCCAACUGCUGGGUGUGCUGCCCGCUUUGGGGUUUUCUGCUGCUGAAAAGCCCCGCGUCGGACGCCCUCUUCCCGUCUCUCUUUCUCUCCCACGCGUGGGUCCUGAGAACACACCCUGUGUACCUCCUGCAUGUGAAUCUCCGUCUCAGCGCAUCCGCUGUCCAGGGAACCCAUCUCGCAGCAGCACCUCUGUACUUUUCUGGCACUGUAGGCCUGAACUCUUGACUUAGGAAAGCUGUUUUCUAAUUAUUUAGAAGAAUGACAGAUUGUGCCAGCGUGAUAACCGGGCCUACUAAAUGCAAACUAGAUAGACAUACUAUAUAUAUUUAUUCUGAAUGUGAAUUUGCUAUUUAUUUUAAAUGUUGAUUUUAUGUUAUAUGAUUUUGAACUUAUUACCAAAUAAAAGUGAAGUGUAUCAUCCA